GUCAGCGGUCAGUGUGUUUGCAGUUUCAUAAAAUUUCUGAACAAAGGCGAGAUCGUCGCAUUUGCGUUCGAUCGGUCGAGGUGUUCGGACAUUUUCAAAUCGUGUUCCACGUUUAACAUUAAACUUCUGUUUUCUCUUACAUUAUAUUCGAGAAACUAGGCAGCGAUUAUUUUUCCUAAUUAUCAAUUUUUCAAGAUCUACGCCGGCGUUUUAUCUUGGAUAAAUUUCCGCAGUGCGGCGACACAUUCAACGAAGCAAAAUGUUGAAAUUGACACUUUUGUUGCUGGUCUGUGCUGUGGCCACAGCUCAGGAUUGUGAUGUGAAUAAAGAUCAAUGCGCUGCUACCACUUCGGCUCCUUUCGAUCAGGAUAAGGAUUGGAACUCUGCAAACACGAUAUAUGAUUUUCAUGCUAAAGAUAUUCAUGGCAACGAUGUGUCGCUAGACAAAUACCGUGGUCAUGUAUGCAUAAUAGUUAAUGUUGCCAGUAACUGUGGGCUGACAGACUCAAACUACAAGGAACUGGUGCAUUUAUACGAAAAGUACAGUGAGAAAGAGGGCUUAAGAAUCUUAGCGUUCCCCUCCAAUCAAUUUGCGAACCAGGAACCAGGCAGUGCGGAGCAAAUUCUAGAUUUUAUCAAACAAUACAAUGUCAAAUUUGAUGUCUUUGAGAAGAUCGAUGUCAAUGGGGACAAUGCGCAUCCAUUGUGGAAAUGGCUGAAGACUCAGAAAGAAGGUUUCAUAAUUAAUGCCAUCAAGUGGAACUUCACCAAGUUCAUCGUUGACAAGGAGGGCAAAGUUGUCUCCAGAUAUGCACCGCAAAAGGAACCUCUUGAAAUGGAGGAAGAACUGAAGAAAUACUUUUAAGCGUCUCGAGAUCCUUGCAUGCUUACAGUCUUAGCAAGUAACGCAUUUAAUACUCGAUGCUAUAACUGUUAGAAGAACAAAUCUAAGAACGAUAACACUGUUUUAUUGCCUACAAUACGUACAUUCGUGUGGUUGGAAAGUCGUCUAUGUAUACAACAGUCUGAUGUAGAAUAAGUCUCCUUUCCCUUUGUUUCAUUUCGAUGUAGUUAUUUACUUGUGGCCAAUAAAUAUAUUUCUCUACCUUUAACAA